AUGCCCAGCAACAACAACCGCACCGAAACCACCCCCCUCCUCACCAUAACCACCAACCCCCGCCCCAACCUUCCCCCCCGCUCCAACACCCUCACAACCAAAAUGUUCUGGACCCUCGCCUGCCUGUACGGCGCCUCCGCCGUCGGCCUCGGCGCCUUCGGCGCGCACGGCCUGAAAAAGGCCAUCGGCACCUCCGACCCAGCGCGGCUGGCCAACUUCGCCACCGCCGCGCACUACCAGAUGGUCCACUCGGCCGCGCUGCUGUUCGCCGCCCAGGCCGGGAACCCGGUGCCCUGCACGCUGCUGACGGCGGGCAUGACCCUGUUCAGCGGGAGCCUGUACGCCCUUGUGCUUGAUCCCGCGCGGUUCCGGUUCUUGGGUCCGGUUACGCCGUUGGGCGGGCUUUGUUUGAUCGGCGGCUGGCUCUCGCUCGCUUGGAAGUAA